AAAUGGAGACGUGAAUGGAAGAACAAAAGUCUGCAUUUGCUAUCUCCUGUGCUCCUAUCCCAAACACUGAGUCCUAGGCACCAUAAUGUUAUUAGCAGAUGUGGCACAAUUUGAGGUGUUAUUUCAGGAAAUAGUGCCAGAAAUUCUGGUGGCAUCUCAGCCAUUUAGAAGCGGAUUUGUCCUGCUCACCAGUUAGCAUUGUGGGCAGGCUCUCCCUCACCUGCAGCCUGCUGUGUUCACCACAAGGGAAGAGAGGAUAAUAAGAGGGUGAAGAAUAUUGAGGACGUCAUUUGUACCUUGGGUUUAAGGAUUUCCAUCACUUUCUAAAUAUUCUUUAGCGUGCUCUAAAUACUGUCUGGUGUAUUGGCUGGGUUUCUGGUGUCUAGCUGUGCAGUACCAUGCUACUCAGGGUAUAUCUUAAAUAGCUAAGGAGAACCUUACCAUCUUGCCAGUCAUAGAAUAUUUUGAGUUGGAAGGGAUUCAGUAGGAUCAUCAGAGUCCCAGCUUCUGGCCUUGCACAUGACAGCUCUAAGGAUCCCACCAUGUUCAAGAACUGAAGCUUUUGAUCCUGGUACUCCCUUCACUUAUGGUGAGAAGCACUCUUUUUUUCAGGAGUGGGCAAGGGGUGGGCCACUAAGUUCAGGUGAAUGUGCUCUGUGUAGUGACCACAGACAUUUUAACAGCUGAAGCAGAUGAGCAGCUGCAGAUGGGGGUUUUUUGUUGAGUUUUUUAUUUCCUGCAGAGGGAGAAAACUUAGCUAAUAGUAAUGAAAUUGCUCAGAAGCCUGAUGCAAGGUUUUUGUGUGGUGACUGCUGCAGAUCUGCAGUCACAUGAGUGCGUUUUGUGAAUGGAGUGGCAGCCUGACCUCUGUGUAACUGCACAGGGCAUUGCAUGGUAAGCGUUUUUGUUAAUGACAGGCUUCUUACCCUGAGAGCGAAAGCUGAGGGGGGGUGAGUGUUUUCCUGCAAGUAAAGUGCCUGGGUAUUGGUUCACAUGUAGGGAGUUGUAGUCCCUUCCUCUGCCAGUUAUUCAGCUGAGCUAUUAAUUCAGGCACCUUCUCUGUAAAGAGCUAAAGCAGAGGCAGCAAGCACCAAAAAACCCACGCGGGUCAAGGAGUGCAGCUUUUCCUAAGCUUUGUUAGACUUUCCAGCAUGUCCCAGAGCUGUGGAGGUACUCUCAGAGCAUUCUGAGGCUACUGUGGGGAAAUGUUCCCCUCCAAAACUAGGUUUCUGCUUCUGUUGCUUUGAAAGCAGAUGGGAGGCCAGACCAGGGCACCAGCUUGCCUGCAGCACAGUAAUAUUGCCUGUAUCAGGAAGGAUCCAAAGUGUGGCAUGCAGACAGCAACUGUUGCUCAGCUUUUCCAGCUAUCUAGAAUAGAUCUGACAAGCAAUUAGAGCAUGAAUAUAUUACAGAGCCGAUGGGGGAUGCCUUUGUUAAAACUUGUGACCCGUACUUAGCUGCUGUUUACGUUGGCGGCUUCUUCGAGGGUGGGCAAGACCCUACCUGCCUGUCUUUCUCCUCUCCCCUUCCCUGCGCGGAGCGAGCCGGGGAGCUCUGCAUCUCAUUGGAUAUUUCAAAUGCUUUCUGCACAAGUCAUAAUUAAUGCCGAGUUGUGGAGCUAAGACCAGAUGUGCUGCCGAGAUUAUCUCCCAGGGCAGAUCGGCUGCUCUGUGCUCUGUAGCGCUGGGUGAAUGGAAAGCUGCCAGUGCUGGGACUCAGAAUGUGUCUGAUGCCUGAAGUCAGGACUUUCUUUCUCUGCCGCUCCUGCUGUCUGACACUGCCUGGUUUCUGCUUGAAGCUCAGCGCCUGUCAUGUAGCGGAGUGCUGCACAAGAACGAGAGGGAUCUUCGGGCAGCGCCUGGAGGACACGGUGCAGCACGAGAGGAAGUAUGGCCAGCGCCUGGCCCCGCUGCUGGUGGAGCAGUGCGUGGAUUUUAUUCGGGAGCGAGGGCUCACGGAGGAGGGGCUCUUUCGGAUGCCUGGACAAGCCAACCUUGUCAAAGAUCUGCAGGAUUCUUUUGACUGUGGGGAGAAACCCCUUUUUGACAGCAACACGGAUGUUCACACUGUGGCGUCCCUCCUGAAGCUUUACCUCCGAGAGCUGCCAGAGCCUGUCAUCCCCUUUGCCAAAUACGAAGACUUUCUUUCUUGUGGACAGCUACUCUCCAAAGAUGAGGGAGAGGGUACCCAGGAACUGGUUAAACAGGUGAAGAAUUUGCCCCAAGCCAACUACAACCUCCUCAAAUACAUAUGCAAAUUCCUUGAUGAAGUUCAGGCUCAUUCCAGCAUUAACAAGAUGAGUGUCCAGAACCUGGCUACAGUAUUUGGACCAAACAUACUGCGGCCCAAAAUGGAGGAUCCAGUGACCAUGAUGGAAGGCACCUCGCUAGUUCAGCACCUGAUGACAGUACUGAUAAGUGAGCAGGGGAGGAUCUUUGCUGUUCCUCAGGCGGAUGUGCCGGGGAGCCAGCUGGAAAUCAGACCAAUGCGCCAGCGCAGCACUGUGGAGUGGAUCUCCGAGGAGGACGGGGAGGACAGCAGGUCACAGAACAGUGCUGCCAGCCCCACGGAUUUGCCUUCUGGCAAUGCUGUGGCUCUAGAGGUCACUCCAGGACCUGCAGUGAAAAUCACUCCUCCAGAGCACAGUGGCAAAUCGACUCAGCCUGCCACAAGCCCCAGUAAAAGAGUGCAGACGCUGCCUCCAUGGAAAUAUUCCUUCCGCCAGCAGGGAGCACGGUCUGUGAGUCCAAAGCUGGGCAGCUCCUCCUUGGACAUCCCCAACCUCUCCUCCAGUGGGAACUGGUUGAUGAAUGGCCUGUACUCCCUCCGAGGCCAUCGCCGGACAGCCUCUGGGGAACAAGUGAAAGACUCGUGUUCCUCCCAGAGACUCUCCACUUAUGACAAUGUCCCUUCAUCCAGCCUGUCCCUCAGCACACACAGCAUGGCCAGCACCACCUGGUCUACAUCAUCCUGUGAGAUCUCCGUGAUGGACUCGGUGAGCAGCUGCCCAGCCUGCCGGGCCAGUGACUCUUCUGCUUUGAGCUCCCUAAAAACCGAGUGGGUAACUCAGGGCUCGCUGUCCCAGAGCGAGGUCAAGACUGCAGAUCUGGAGAACAGCAUGGACAGGUUUGAAGCCUGCAGCAGCAGCAGCAGUGAACAGAGUGACCCGGCUGCAGCUUCCCGAGACUCUGUCCAGUGCUCCAGGGCCUUACAGAGCUUGGUGGUGGAGCUAAAGACAGAGCUGAGCAAACAGAGGACUGAGUAUGAGACUAGUAUCAAAAGAAUUGAAGAAACAAGUGCAGACCUGAGGAACCAAGUGGUUAGGUUAGAAGAAGAACUGGACCAAGAACGAAAGAAAUACACAAUGUUGGAAAUAAAGCUGAGGAAUUCUGAACGCGCUCGUGAAGAUGCUGAGAAGAGAAAUUACCUCCUGCAGAAGGAAAUGGAAGAAUUUUUUUCAACAUUAGGAUGUUUAACUGUUGGGAGUCAAAGUGCUAAAGCCCCCAAGUAGAACAAGUACAGAAAAUCCUGUUCCUGACAAAAUGAGUGAAAAUGCAUAUUUUGUUCUGGUAUACUCAUGUAUCAUGAGUAAUUCUAUAGUGAUUGUGCUCUCAGUGACACUUGCCCUGUUGUCUUUACAUGUGCUAUAGUAUUUGGGCCAGCUGGGAAAGACUGCUGACCACAAAGCUUGAAAAUUUAGUGUCAGAUUGCCAAGAAAAAGUGGGUCCCCUCUGUAUCCACAGAACAGUAAAUACUCUUCUCCAGAGUGCCCUGCUGUCAUCUUUGGACUCAGCUGCACCAUCCUUUUGCUGGCUUAAGGACAGUGGAAGGUCCUGCAGGGUGGGUGGAUGGCCAGAACCAACAGAUAAGCUGAGCCUGGAGCUGAGGCAUUCCUGAUCUUGUGCUUGGGAAGGUGGCAUUCCAGCCUGUCACCACAGCCAGGACGUUUGCCAGACAAAUUUAAUGAGGUGGUUUUCACCCCACUUCCUCCAUAAAGUUUGUUCAAAUUUCUCAUUCCUAGAAUGGUAUUAUUUUAUGAAGAUAUUGUGAAAACAAGGUCUGCAAACAUACUGAAGAUACCAAAAUCUUGACAAUUCACUAAAAUUGUCCCUUACCCACCCAAUGGUUUCAGUGUUUCACAAAAAUGCAGCUUUACAUUAAACUGUGAUUAAUAAUCAGAUUGGCUACACACACUCUGUGGAACUUUAAAUAUGCACAUUUUGCCUUAGGUAUCUGAAGGUUUUCUGAGCCAAAAGUAGAGCAGUAUUAGCUGAAAGGAAAAAAAAAAUAAAUCUCCUGAGUCGAUAUAUGUCUUAAGGCAGAAGAUGGAAGAUUCUUAUCAUCAAAACACAUCUAAACAUUAAUAGCAAAACUUAUGUUCUUACAGGGAUAUGAGGGGACAGGAAGAACACUGCAAACAACCCAUCAGCCCAAGUUCCUUACUUCUACUAAGGACAAAUCAUUAGAAUGAUGCUGUAAGUUCUGGUAAUUUGCUGCUGGGGCUGACUUCCCUUCCAAGUGACUUCAAGGUUCUGCAUAGCAUGUGUAACACCCCAAGCCAUGCAGAGCCUGCACGCAGAAAAUUGCUUCACCUGAUUCUGCUUUAAUUUCACCUGCGAGCCCAGCAUCGCUCACUUUGUCUUGGCACUCUGACAUUCUGAGGUAGCUUGGGAGUCUCUAAGAAGAAAGAAUUCUAACAAAAAGUGCCACAGCAACAUGAACUGGCUAAAGGGAAAGUAUGGACUGUAACAAAGAAGAUGUUUUAUUUUAAGUAUUUUGAAAAAGUGCCCUGAAUCUCAUUUCUUACUAGAGAAGACUAUGACUCACUGUCUGGAAAUAACCGUAGAAUGGGUGUUUUUCAUACCAGGACAUUGUCAAUACUGAAAGAUAUACUUGUUCCUCAUCAUCUCACAGAUAUCCAGAUAUUUCAAUAUUUAAAACAACUAGCUGUUAACUUGUUUCUGCACUGUAACACUCCUCCUUCCGAUAGAAAUGUAAAAAAUGUAAACCAUUUAAAGUGAGCAAAAAGCAGAAUUUUAACCUAAUCUUUCCUGGAUAAGAAAUGUCAAGCAAGUAAGUCAUAUGGAUUGGUUCAUUCAGUUCUUUCAAAACCUUUUUCCUACUUCCCAGGCUCUCCAGCUGCCCUGGAUUCCUUGCUGCCCAGCAUGAGGCAGGUACCUGCAUGUUCAGCAGCAGCUGCCUGCCACCUGCAGGUGUGAGCAUCACCCCCAUCUUUUUUUCCCCACCUCUGCCUUGAAUUCAUGACCAAUGGUUACAAGUUAUCCUUUAAGGAAUAACAUGGCCAUUUAAAACAGCAGCAUCAGAUGCAUAAUGUGAGAGAGAAGCAGUAACAGACUAAGCUGGAAAAGCAAGCAGUGUGGCAGGUAGCUGGAGAUACAAGGUCAGUCAUCACAAAAUAAACCUUAAUAUUGGAGGCUGGUCUAAUGGUUGUAAGUAGAUCACCAGGACUGAUAGAAAGCAACAUUCAAUCCCAGUGCUAGUAGCAAGCAGGGUAUUUUAAUGUCUUCUUUUAUUUUCACCCAAAACAUGGAAGCCUUUCACUGUAUCCAUCCUGACAGCCCACACCUUCCUUACACUAGUUAUAUUGCAUUAUCUCCUGUAUGCAUCCAGUGCAGACUGCUCCCUUUAGUUCACACCACAAACUCAAGAGAGUUAACCAGCAGUCCUGCUCACUGCUUGUCUGGUGCAUCUGGUGUUUAGUCUCCCAGUCAGCAGGGCUCAGUUCUUAGGUAUUUAACCUUAGGUAACUGCUAACAAACCCACUUAUCCCAAAAUUGCAGAUCCAGGAUAGGAUCAUGAGAUCUAUAACACUACAUAAUGUGGUAUCCAAGGUAAAACUAAUUUUUUUAACAUACAAAGAAACUCUAUCCACUCAAAAUGAGGAGUGAAACAAACCAGUUUCAGACUGGUUGUUGUGCUCCAGCAGUAUCUAUGGUUCUUGUUCACAAGGAAUAAAUUUCAGCUGCUUUGGAAGAUGAGCCACUGCAGUAAAUAAAGCUGGCAAGAAGCUGCAAACAACCCAGUUCACACUAAAAUGGACUACCAGUUAACCUCAAGUGCAGCAACAGGACCAUAAUGCUAUCACCAUAAUCCUGACACAGGCAAUUGUGCAAGAAAUGAGAUCCACUUGUACCCAGCUUUGAAGAACAGCUUUUGAUGGGAGGAAGAUGAUACACCCUUUCCUACCUUUCCUCUUCCCCACCAAUGCAUUUCCCCACAGCAAGCACUGGAGACUACUCCUUAUUUUGCAGACCUUUCACUUGUAACAGUCCCUGAUUUAAAUGUCAGCUUUCUUAGCAAGUGUUUGUCUGUUUAUUAUUAAUUAAAAGUGACAGAAGGUUCCUGGAAUAAAUUUUUACCACAGCUUUAUUUGUGCUAUC